AAAAUGGUAGAAGAGUUGUCAGUGACGCUGCCAGACAAUGUUUUGGAAGUUAUAUUUUCUUAUUUGGACCUUCACGAUCUAAGAAACUGCUCACUCGUGUGCAAGAAUUGGUACAGGUUUUUGAAUGAUGAAAAUAAUGACGUGUGGCGCUUACAUUGCAUAAGAAAAUUGGCGGAGGAAGCUCUUAAGUCAGAUUUACUUUCUUCUGUGCCAACGUAUAAAGCAAAGUUGCGUGCGUUUUAUCAUGCAUGGAAUCCAAAUGACUGUUCGAGGAACGUUUAUAUCAAACCUAAUGGAUUUACACUUCAUCGCAACCCUGUGGCGCAAAGUACGGACGCUGCCAGAGGAAAAAUUGGCUUUAGGCAUGGGAGGCAUGCAUGGGAAGUCAUAUGGGAAGGUCCACUUGGAACCGUAGCUGUAAUUGGAAUCGCAACGAAAGAAGCGCCGCUGCAGUGCCAUGGCUACGUCGCUCUUUUGGGUUCUGAUGAUCAGAGCUGGGGCUGGAACUUAGUGGAUAAUCAUCUUCUUCAUAAUGGAGAUUCGCAAGGAAACUAUCCUCUUCUGAACAACGCUCCUAAAUAUCAGGUUGGCGAAAGAAUAAGAGUUAUACUCGAUUGUGAUGAUAAUACAUUGUCAUUCGAAAAAAAUUAUGAGUUCCUUGGUGUUGCUUUCAGAGGUCUCCCAGAUAAAAGACUAUAUCCUUCGGUGUCUGCAGUGUAUGGGAACACUGAAGUUUCCAUGGUCUACCUGGGACCGCCUUUGGAUGGCUAACACAUAGUUAAUGUGACUCAAUCUCU